AUGGAUCUGCCCAGUUCCGAUUCUGGACCUGUUUCCGUCCCACCAGCCUCCCCAGUUGGGAAUACUGCUACAACCAAGCCUCGAAGUACACGAGGGAAAUACAUCUCCAAGGCAUGCUAUGAAUGCAGAAAGAGAAAGAGCAAAUGCAAUGGAAGAAGCCCUUGUUUGCGAUGUGCACGUCAAUCCCUAACUUGUACUUACCCUGUUUCCAAGAAACAGCGGGAGCAUUCAAUCAAUGGGACUGACGGCGAUGCACAAGCUAUUCGGUCUCUUAGGGAACAAAUAGCUUCACUUCAAGGCGACCUUUCACUGCUACGCCAACAGUCUUCGCAUCAGAUGCUACAAUCCCCUGCGCAAUCAACUCUCCCGGUUGAUGAUACUCCUCAUGUUUCUGGCGGCCGCUUAAUCUCGCCCGAUUACUCAGACCCCAGUAGCAGGUUGCCUCGAUCAGAUCAAAAUAUUUCCACUGGCGAGGCCAAUCAAGUACAGGACAAUCGCCAAUCAUCAGCCAGUUACACAUUCAACAUCAAUCUUGCCCGAUCGCACCUUCGAGCGCAGGGAAUCGCUAUGAUCGAUCAAGAUAAGCAAGGGGCCACAUCGUCUGCUGAACGGACAAGGCCCCCGUCUCCCUCCUUGUCUAACCAGUUACCCCUUGAACUAGACAUUGGUUCAGUGGAUCCUCUAUGGCUCAUUGACGAAAAGGAAGCGAUUCGGUUGUGCAAUAUCUAUGAAGUAGAAAUCGGGAUUCAAUACCCCUUUCUUGAUAUGCCGCAGCUGAUAGACAAGGUUCGUUCCUUGUAUAGGGCCAUGUCUAGAGGUUCACAAAACGGUUUCGCAUUUACCUCGAUGCCUGGGCCUACCGUCAUCGACCCUCAGGAUCUGGAUUUAGUCAAACUAAUCAUCUCGGUGGCCUCAGUUGUUGAAGCGGGCGGGUCCAGCCAACUCGGUAGAAAGCUUUUUCUUGGUGUAAGGAAAUCAUCACAUGACAAGCUUUGGGAACCAGCAGGGAUUAAGAACACGAUGAUCUUUGUUCUCUUGGCCAUCUACAGCUUCAUGACGGGUGAUGACUUACAAGCUUGGAGGUUGGUUGGAGUUUCCGCCCGAUGGUGUCUAGAAGUUGGCCUCCAUCAAUCGUCAACAGUCAAAAGGCUAUUCAAAGAUUUAGAAAGCCGCAAAGUGGCACUGCGCCUAUUUUGGUGUGUCUACACUCUCGACCGCCGGUGGGGCUUCGGCGCUGGCCUCCCCUUUGUUAUCCACCAUUGCGAUGUCGACGAGAGUCUGCCAGAACCAGGUGACGACAUUCCUUAUCUCAAAGCCAUGGUCACGUAUAGCCAGAUCGGUAAUAAAGUAUGGUCCACAUCGUACAACUCUGCCAGGACGACAGGGGCAGUUCGAGAAGAUGAGGUCUCUUACCUACAGUAUCUCAUUGAUAAGUGGUAUGAGGAGCUUCCGGAAGAACUAAGGCUGAGUCCGAAUUGGGAAUCAAAGGAAUGGACAGAAACCUCAAGAGGGCCUCAAAGGCUUGAGCUUCUUCUCCACUUGCGGGCGAACCAAAUGAAGAUCCUACUUCUUCAGCCAGUUUUACAGUCUUCGUCGAGUUUCAAAGAAAACAAAACCAAAGUCCAGUCACUCAUAGAUCGCGCCAAGGACACGAUCCAGAAGCUGAGUUCAUUGAAUAGGUCAACAGAUAUCUAUCAGACCCAGCAGAUGUGCUUCAAUCACUUUCUGGUGUCAGCUCUGGGGGUUAUUUUUCUGGUUGUGGCACUUGCCCCUUCAGAAUACGGGGCAAUAGUUCGAGAUGAGUUUCAUCUUGCUCUUGACUUGAUCCGCGGGCUUAGCGCGAAAUCAUAUGUUUCAAGUCGGCUUUGGAAAAUGGUUGGCGAUCUACGACUUGCCUGGAGGAAGCUAGGACUUAACACCCCGAUACCUCGUGAAGAUAGGCACUCUGCUCCGCAACAUGGUCUAGUUGUGACUCCGCCACUUUCUUCAAGCGGUGUUGAUGUCUCAUUAACGUCACGAAAUGCACCACAGCUUGGCAGCGAGGAGAUUCGCAAUGCACAGGAGGAGCCAUGGCGAGCCGAGGAACCAACCAGCAAUGGACAAAUGGCCCAGGAUCUAAGCGACUUUUUCAACGCCAUGGAUAGUGGAGGCGAUUUAUUAUCCCCAUAUCCAGUCAUUGGCAGUUGCGGCGAGAGUAUAGAUGCUUCUGGGGAUCAUCUUGAAAACAGCCUUGCUCCAAUGAUAGACAUAUCACAGUUCUAUGUAGAUAUGCUAUAG